GGCUGGCGCCCCUUGAUCUCGCCUCUUUACCGCCGCCCCGGGGCCGCGUGACCGGGCAGGGCGGGGCUAGCGGCCCCGUUCCGCCUCUGAGGGCCUUCUGCUACGGCUCUCUCCGCCGGGUGAUAUGAGGGCGCUGCCUCCUCGCUGGGGGUCUUUGGCUGUGAGGGGGGCGACGGGUGGGUGGUGGGCGCCACCCUUUCCUCGCCGCGGCUGCAGCGGCUCUGCGGAGGGUGGCGAAGGUAAGCCCUUUAAGGAGUGGGCGUUGGCAGUCAGCCCGCGUGGGCGGCUGCGGGUACGGUUGCCGUGCCAGGUGAGCGUCCGUCCGCUGGACCCUCAGCGCUACCCGGGCGCAGACCGCGUGCUGGUCGCUGUCAGCGGCGCCGGCGGCAGUCCCCCUCCCCGCAGCCGGCAGCAGGACCGCGUCCGGGUGGAGUAUGACGAGGCGCUGGAGCAGGUGGCGAUCGUUGCGGACGGCGUGGACAGCAAGACUGCCGUGGACGUCAGGACACCGGUCAAGUUCGAUUUGGAUAUCAAAACAUCAGGGACUGGCUGCGUGAAGAUAAAGAAAAUAGAAUGUGAUAACUGCAGAAUAGAAACAGAGAAGGGGACUAGUGUCUUGCAGGCAAUAAAGAGCCAUCAAAUUGAUAUAAGAACAGAUGGUGGCAAAGUAAUUGGCCUUGGGACGCUUUAUGGAAAUGCAGACAUUUGUGCAACAGGGAAGGGUAGUGUGAAUAUAGAGAAGCUGCAGGGGACAUCUAUCAACAUAUCUACUGAAGAUGGGCUGCUGAAAACUAAGUACCUCUAUGCAGAAUCAUCAUCUCUGUCUUCAGUAGCUGGUGAUAUUCUGCUGGGAAGCAUUCAUGGUAACACCAGCCUUCAGACCAAAACAGGGAGUAUCACAGUAGAUUCAUCUGAUGGAAUUCUCAAAGCUUCUACGCAUCAUGGGACAAUAGAUGUUUAUGUCAGUCAGUUAAGAGAAGUGGAUCUGAAAUCCCAGAAAGGCUCAAUUACAGUCAAGGUGCCUGCAUCUCUCAAAGCCUAUUUACAGUUGUCUGGUAGAAAAGUGGACGUGAGCUCAGAGAUCCAGUUAAAAGAAGCACAGAGUGCCUCCAAAGAGGACCACGUAACUCUGAGUGGUCACAUGAACCAAAGGAAUGGAACAGAAAAAUGGAUUAAGGCUGACGCGCAAAAUGGCAAAGUGUUUCUUAAAAGCCAAAGCUGGAUUCAGUCUGUCAAGCUGAAGAGUUCUUAAAGGUGAAGUAGGCAGGAAAUUGUAAAGGACUGUUUCCAUAAUAUUGUGACCCUUAAUUGAUGUAUUUCCUUAACAGAAGGGAGAAAAGAUUCAUGAGGGCAUCUGAAGCCUGGAUUUGGCCCUGACAGUGGCUGGUGCUUAUCAAGGCUGGGUUAAUUUUAAUGCCUUUUAGGAACACAAAGAUCUUAGAUAUGCAGAAUUUGUGUAACCUGACCCACUGACCAUGGCAAUUUAAGAGCUGAAAACUUUCUAAACCUUCAAAAAUAAAAAGUAUUUUCAACAUC